CUUCCGUCUGUCUGUGCCCGGAACCUUUGGGUGAUUAUUGUUCUUUCGGUUAGUAAUAAAGGAAACACCAAGUCGCCUGUUGUUGUAGCAACCGUCUUCAGCGUCACCGUGCUUUCUUUUGGGCAAGAUAAUAAUAUUAACGUACCUGCAUGUUACACACGUGUAUAUCUCAUCUUGACUUGUGUUGUUUGUUCGAGUAGUGUUUUUGUUACGUUAGCUCUAGCUAGUGCUAGAGCAGCGCUAUAUUAGCACAGGGUGCGCUCCGGUUUGUUCACAUUAAAUAGCAUGUCAGCUGUCAGCAGCCUUGUCCCAGCAAGGUUUCUCACCAUCAUAGCUCAUCUUGUUAUUGUUAUCAGCAUAUUUUGGUCGAGGGAAAAUAACGUAAAGGCGUGUUUGCCUUUGGAUUACAGCCAAGAGCAAUAUGACGAACAAGACGGAAAGUUGGUGGUUGGAUUGGCUGUCACGCUCGGCCUGUUUGGUGUAGAGUUGGCCGGGUUCUUUUCAGGAGUGUCCAUGUUCAACUGCACCCAAGGUCUCCUGUCACUAGCUGUGCACUGCAGCGCAUCCGUCUCCUUGUCAUUUUUUGUGUUUGAGAAGUGGGAAUGCUGGACAUAUUGGGUUGUUUUUGCGAUCUGCAGUGUGCUGCCGGCUUUUGUGGAGAUUGUUCUUUUUAUAGCGGUUUUUGGACUAAAGAAGAAGCCGCUAUGAAAGGCAGCCACAAUGUAAAAGUUUGGGGACGUUUCAAGAGAAGCUGGUGCUACAGAACAUUGGUGAUUUGUGAAUGCAUCCCAUAGAAAUGUGUACAACAUAGAUCUAGGUUCUGUGCAGAGGCAAGUAGCUACAGGGACAAACUGUAAACAUCUUGUGUCUUUUGUCUACUGAGAAAUUGCUUCCCUGCAGUAAACUCCCAAAAACAAGGCCCACACAGCAACAAGUAUGCACCAAACCGUUACACUGGUACUAGUUAAUGAGCUGGAUAUAGAAGCGUUCAGAAUGCGACAGAUUGUUCAUUUGUUUAAGAUAAAAAACUUUCGUCUUCAGUUAUCUUUUUGAUGUUGAAGUGUAAUCAGUAGUAGUGCAACCUAUACAUUUUUAUAAAUUUUUUGUACCAAAAUAUUGUAAAAGUAAUGUUUAGUUGCCUCUGAAUUUUGGCGAGUUGGCUGACCUGAAAAGAAUCAAGUACCUUUUCAUUUAGUACUGAUAAAUGCACAUCUUUAUUCUUUCACGUUACACUAUAUUAUAGUUAUGGAAAAAAUAUCAGGGAAAGGUUACAGAGGUUGAUUUACCGAAGCUAGAUAAUAUUCACCUAACAGGAAGCUCCAUUGUUUUCUGUAACUUUUAGGAUGUCAUAAAUAACUUCACUUACGUUUUCAGCUGUUUAAAAUUAUAGUAGAAUGCUUGUUAAAACACCUUCUUUUCUAAGUUGUUCUAAUUUGUCUGUUUUCUCUCUGCUCCUUUAUUUUUAUGUUCUGCGGCUUAUUUUGAAUAAAAUGAUAAAUUAU